CCGCUACGAACAGUACGAGUUUACAAUGGAGCGCCACCUGGUGUGUAUGUGACAACUCUCCGUGCAUACGACCUGAUGUUCCCACGAAAACGGGUUACAUUUAACUUACUAGCUGUUCGAGAUUACUUAUUUUUCCAGUUGAACCCGAUUUCUGGAAAUCUUACAACAGCCAGAAACAUCGACAGAAGAGUGGGGCAGAUAUACUUUGUGAUGGUUGUUGCUGUCAGUCAAGGAGUAGUUGAGGUAAGCCACGUUCACAUCAUAGUCUCCGAGUUCAACAAAUAUCCACCCAAAUUCGAGAAGGACUUUUACUACAAGGAGCUGCACGUUAAUUUCCCUGUGAAUACGUCCUUGUUUAGAGUUCGUGCUCAUGAUGCUGACCCUUUAGCCUACAAUUCCGAGGUUUUCUAUGUGCUCGGAAAAGAUGCACCAAGAGAACUUUUCGAACUCGACCCAGUUACUGGCCUGUUAACCUUAAGAGGACGUUUAAAUCAGUCCAUAGAUGUUCUUUUGUUUGAUGUGUUUGCCGAAGACGGUGGGUCUCCCUUGAGACGAACAAGUACUCAACUUGAAAUUGUGUUGAAGAAAAUAUCCGAGCCUCUAGACGUCUACACGACGAACGCUACAGACUCAUCUGUGUUUGUUUGUUGGAGUAGUCCGGGAUUUGGUCAUGUGGCUGGUUAUGUUAUUAAAUACAGUAAAGUUAUUGACGGAAACAGCAGUAGUGCCAUCGUCAACAUAACUUCUAAUGCAACGUCCACAUGCAGCAAGUUAGAGGGCUUGGCACCAUGGACAGACUAUGAAUUUAGGGUUUAUGGGUGGAAUGUGAAUGAAACUGGGCUUAAGAGCAACUUACAUCGAUUUGCAACGAGAUAUGACUACUGCCUGUUGAACAUAUGUCAAAACGGGGACUGCUACGUGAUCAAUGAAGCCCCUGGGUACAGAUGUGAAUGUACUAUCGGUUACUAUGGCGACUAUUGUGAUCAGUUUGACCUUUGUUCCUGGAACCCCUGCGAGAACUUUGGGAUCUGCAGGCCUACUUCUAACAAGAGUUACACCUGUGAAUGCCCCAUCGGUUUUUCUGGCCAGAACUGUACUGUAUUCAACCCUUGCGCUUUACGACCUUCCCCGUGUGAAAAUGGCGCAUCUUGUCAGAGUUCUGCUAGCCACACUUUCACUUGUGCUUGUGCCCCAGGGUUCUACGGCAGGACUUGCCACGAUUUUAAUGCUUGCUUCUCCAGCCCUUGUCACAACGGAGGCACGUGUCACAACACUUCUAAUCAGUUUACAUGUCAAUGUAGCCUUGGUUACGGAGGCGAACACUGUGAAGUUGACGUAAACGAGUGUGACUCUAAUCCCUGUCUCCAUGGAUCAAGGUGUGAAGAUGGGGUCAACAGGUUUACUUGUUAUUGUACUCUAGGUUACCAUGGCGACAUGUGCGAGGUACCAGCACAGUGUCCUGCCUCAUCAGAAGAAACAGGCAAAGGAGUUGUGUACUGGAAUGCAACAGAUCACGGGAAGUUAGCUGUUACGGAAUGCCCCUACGGUGUAUUGCACCCAGAAUCAGAGGGGUACGUUCAGAGGUUUUGUCACUUUUUGACCAGCGGCUUGGUUGAAUGGGGGCCUACGCAGGUUAAAAACUGCAGGGACGAGAGUUUUCAGCAUGCAGAAAAAAUUACAGAGGAGUUGAUGUUCCUCACAGACGAUCCAGCUAACAUCAGCCCGCAGAAACUUCAAGAAGCAACUACUCAGAUCGAGAACAUUUUAAACUUUGCUUUAGAUGAUAAGAAGAUCGCACAGAAUAUGUUGUCCGUCGUCAGCAACAUUUUAGCUUUAAACGAAAGCAUUCUAACUGAAGCAGACGAUAACGGGACCACUUCUAACAGGUUACGUAACGUAGUAGACAAAUACACAUCCGAGGUGAAGCUUGAAGAAGGAAAGAGUAUUUCACUCGAAACGGACAAUAUUGCGCUGAAGGCCUUAUCCUGGGCACCAGGACUCUCCACGAGCGCGAGGAAUGUUUUGAAGUUUUCAACAACACUAUCCAAUGGCUCUGAAUCCCGAAAUUUCUCAGAAAAGACCAACUAUAACGAAAAAAAGAAACAGGAAUCGUUAAUCUUCGUUCCUAUUGAAGCUGUUAAAACAAUUGAAGCGGACGUAAUUGGAGAAGUGAGGAUCAAGUUUGUGGCUUACAAGAACGACAAGUUCUUCCGAAGCAGAAAACCAAAACCUAAACAGUCAUAUCAAAAGGUUCUUCAAACAAGCAUCAAUGAUUUGAAGCUGAUUAACCUCACAAAGCCACUCGUGUACAUCAUGUCAGCUCCUGAAGAGAGGCGAAUGCAAUGUGUGUACUGGAAACAAGAAGAACGAAUGUGGGCAACAGAUGGGUUAGUAACCAAUAGAACCGGAAAUACGAUAGUCUGUUCUUCCAAUCACAUGACAGCCUUCUCAAUUCUCUUGGAUCCAACCCCAAAUAAUGAAAUUAAUUCAGACCACCAGGAGGCGCUGUCCAUUAUUUCUUACAUUGGCUGUGUGGUAUCUAUUUGCGGCUUAAUUAUGACUAUUCUUACCUAUUUGCUUUUUCGGUGUUUGAACCGUGACCGUUCUGGUAAGAUCCUCUUACACCUGUGUGUAUCCAUGCUCUUGAUGAACACUGCCUUCCUCGUCGGAUCUCAACAAGGGAUGGGUGUAGCCGGUGUGGACGUGUGUGUCGUCGUAGCCAUCUUAAUUCAUUACUUUUUGUUGACCUCCCUGGCCUGGAUGUGCGUGGAAGCGGUCAAUAUGUAUCAAAUGUUGAUCCACGUGUUUGCCAGUACAGAAACUCAUUUUCUGGCGAAACGUUGUUUUCUAGCUUGGGGUCUUCCAUUGUUAAUAGUCGGUAUCGCAGCUGGGAUUAGCUUUGAAGAAUAUGGUUACAAAAACAAAUUCUGUAUGCUUUCUCCAGCCAAUCCUUAUACUUACUACAUUUCCUACAUGGGUCCCUCAUGCAUCAUUCUUCUGGUCAAUCUCACGGUGUUCGUAAUGGUCACUCGAGUACUGUUCACGCCUAGGACAAACACCACACCUGGAGUUCAGGUCGAUAGGAGUACUUAUGCAAUCGUCGCUGCCCAGGUUCGUGGAGCUUUCACUGUCAUGACUCUCUUGGGGAUCACUUGGGUCUUUGGAGCCUUGGCAGUUGGUGAAGUCAAACUAGUCUUCCAAUAUGUUUUCUGCAUUGCUAAUUCUCUACAGGGUUUCCUAAUCUUUCUCGUUCGAUGUCUUCAGUUCCCAGAAGCAAGAAAUGCUUGGAUCCAACUGCUAGAAACAGGAACUUUCAAGAGGUACCGUGGUGUUGCUAUGCCCAACAGCUCUUGGUAUACCCAUUCAAAUCCCGUACGUAAACAGUCCUACAGUCUUUCUGCAACAGACCGCGUGUUGAACAGCACUAGCAGUACCACAACGAGUACAAUGGUGCAGUGGAAUCAGACCCCAAACAAAGGUGCAUCGAAUUCAAAUUUACCAGAACUGCUCAAUAUUAUUAAACCGUUGACAGAGAACAACUUAAAAGUCAAUAGCCAAUCUUAUCUUCCAAACAGUACAGAAGGCAUCGUAUGUCCACAUCACAGUAUUAUCAGUCUUUCAUCAGCCGAAGAUUCAUCGAAUACUGACCCUUUUGCAUCAAUUGGAUUUAUUGAUGAAGACGAUCCAAGAAACGAUGAAAAAGAGAGGAUUUCAGGAGAUGAAAGUGGCUAUCAGUCAUUAUCUCCAAAUUCGAAAUUUCUUUGUGACAUCUCUCCAGAUGACACUGCUAGCGAAGUAAUAAUCUCUGACUCAGAAGCCUCAAACAACAUGAAGAGGUGUCACUGUAAAGGCCGUAGUAAAACUAGCAUAGCAAAUCAUAACAAAGUCAGUGAUGAUGAAAUAGCGAGGAAGGACGUAAAAUAGGACUCUUCUUCAAAAGUCAGUGUUCAACACUUUUAAGACUGUUCUAAAGUGUGUGCCAAGGACUUAAAAGUGCACAUGAGUGAAGCUCGAGAACUUUCCUCAUCGCAAAACACAUUCUUACCCACGUGACAGGAACCAAACAAGCAAGUGAAAGUAAUACACACUGCUACCCACGUGACGAGAACCCAACAAUCAAGAAGU